GGAGAGUCCGCUCCUCCAGCAAUGGAUUCAGCGACGAUGCGCCGACUUUUCACCCACAUAGCGCUCACAGCUCUGGCUUUCGUGGUGUCCGUGCCUCUAGGUUCAGAAGCCAUAGACUGCUUCACAUGCACUUCACUGAACAACUCGAAUCCAGGAUGUCACGACCCGUUCCACCCAACAGACGCCUUGUAUACUCAUUAUUGUAUGGUGCCAAAGGAGGGACACACGGGGCGUUUUCCCGCUCAAUAUUGCGUAAAACUGAACGGAAUCGCAGUGAGCACCGGCGUACAACUGACGAUCAGGGUAUGCUCGUUGGAAAGCAUGGACAACUCGUGCGGCAUGUUUCGGUAUCAGAACGAGCUAAUGAAGGGAUGCAUAACUACAUGUAAUGAGAACGGCUGCAACGUGUCGGAGAGGAACGAGUCGUCCUUGAUGAUUCUGGUCGCAUUCAUAAGUCUGACGAUGUUUGCGAUACGAUGAUAGCGGCUCGAGAUAGCGGGAUGAAUCUCGGCCCGAGUAUUCAGUUCCCGCUAUCGUCUGAAUCCUUCCGUUCCCCAUCAUUGAGCGUGAGUCAAUAAUAUCGAACAUCUGACUCCUUCAUGAAGUUGUUGAGCCGCCAUGAUCUGCAUUUAUGAUACUCUUGCUGUUUAUAUGGACAUGUCGGCGAGUUUUUCUAAUAAAAGAG